AUGGACAGCAACAGCACGGCGUGGAGCUCGGAGGCCGAGGCACCCACCAUCUUCCCACGCGUGGGCUACAGCAUCCUGUCCUUCCUCAUGUUCAUCAACACGCUGCUGACUGUGUUCAAUAACGGUCUGGUGAUCGCUGUGUCCCUGAGGAACCCCACUCUGCUGCACCCAAUGAACGUGUUCAUCCUGAGCCUGGCUGUGUCCGACCUAAUGAUCGGCCUUUGUGGCUCCCUUGUGGUGACCGUCACCAACUACUACGGAUCUUUCUUUAUCGGAAGAACCGCCUGUGUCUUCCAGGGAUUUGCCGUCAACUACUUUGGCCUGGUGUCGCUGUGUACAUUGACCCUGCUGUCGUACGAGCGUUACAAAGUGGUGUGCAAACCAAGCAUCGGUCGCAAGCUGAGCAUGAGCCGCAGCGUCACAGGGCUAAUUUUCGUCUGGCUCUCCUGCCUAUUCUGGGCUGUGAUGCCUCUGUUCGGAUGGAGCGGAUACCAGCCCGAGGGCGUACAGACGUCUUGCUCUUUGGCCUGGGAGGAGAGGUCAUGGAGCAACUACAGCUAUCUAAUCCUCUACACACUGGUGUGCUUCAUUUUUCCAGUGACUGUCAUUAUCUACUGCUACUCCAAUGUGCUCACGUCCAUGCGGAAGUUAAAUAAAAGUGUGGAGCUGCAGGUUGGCCAUUCUUUGCAAAAGGAGACUGACUACGCCGUCAAGAUGGUCCUGGCUAUGACUUUGGCCUUCUUCAUGUGCUGGCUGCCCUAUACCGCUCUGUCUGUGGUGGUGGUAUUGGAACCGCAGCUAAACAUUCCUCCCUUGUUGGCCACCAUGCCCAUGUAUUUUGCGAAGACCAGCCCUGUGUACAACCCCAUCAUCUACUUCCUCUCUAACAAGCAGUUUCGAGACGCCACCCUAGAGAUGCUGUCCUGCGGCCGCUACAUCCCCCGUGGAACCACCCCUGUAGUCAGCAUCAGCAUGCGGCCCCUUAACAGGAGGAGCCAGGCCAGCUGCUCUAGCAGGAUCAACAGGCACAGCAAGGUGCUGCCUCUGUGA